AUGUUCUUUUAUUCGGACCAGGUGCUUUAUUCAUUUCAUCUGCUUAGAGCCGCGGGCUAUCCUAUCUUUUUUUCUCACUGUCGACACAGUAAACCGUUGUACGUCCCCCAGGAAUACCCAUCAAACUCUGGUCGUCACGUGACCACCGUAUGUUCGUCGUACACAAAUGGAGACAAGCGAUCUCUUAAUCCCUACAACAGAAUUAUCUAUGAAAUAAUUUCAAAAAAAGGAUUUAAAAAGGAGAUUGAAGAAGCUUUCUCUUUCUCUCUCUCUCCUUCUACCACCGUCUCUUUCUUUCUUUCUUUCUUUUGUGCGAGGAUGAUUACGGGUGUUCUUUUCUUUUCUUUCUUUCUUUCUUUUCCCUUUCGUCCUUUGUUUAAGGGCUUGGUGACAAUGAAGUUGAAACUGCUUUCUUUCUCCUACUCCUUUAUUUCAGUGUGGCAUCAUUCUCCUUCGAGAUAUUUUUUUUCUCUCUUUCCUUUUUCCAUAAGUAUCCCCCUUUUGAGAUCUUCUCUCGCUUUCUUCCUUUCUUUUUCUAUAAGUUGUCUGCUGUCUCUCUUUCAUCCCGAUGUAGCGACAUUCCGCAUACGUCGUAGUUUAUUUUCCAAAAUCCAACGUUUCUUUUGCGUUCCACGCGCUUGCCUUCGGUCGUCCGUUCGAGGUUCGAUGAAGGACUUUUCUUUUUAUUUUUUGCAUAACCAACGAAACAUUUUGCGUUCAUAG